CUUUAUUUUUUCUUUUAUAAAUUCAAACAACAUAUGGACAAUUCAUUAUUGGAAACCCUAAAAAAAUCAGAACUUGACCAAUAUUACAAUAGCUUUUUAUCCUAUGGAAUAUCACAGUUGGAUACUCUAGUACAGAUAUCUAUGCAAGAUUAUGGUAGUCUAGGUAUAAAUUCUAUUCAAGAUAGAAAGAGACUAUUCCAACUUGUUCAAACACUCCGUCAACAAGACCUCAACGUGCCUUCUUCACCCAACCCUUAUCCCACUAGUGGAAUCACAGAAUCGUCUACCAUGUUAUCAUUUUCUGCAUUGAAACCCCAACAACAGCAACGUAAAUUGAAAAACAACAUGAUUGGGCUUUCUAGUAUUUCAUAUGUAAAGAAGAGCCCAUCGAGAGAGAUACCUUCCAUUUCUACCAGUGUCUCUUCACCUAGAAUCUCUAGUGGUACUUGCAAAUCCCCAUUCACUGCAAAAAGACAGCAAUUACCUGUUUUUAUUCGUAAGCAGCAACAGGAAUUAGAAGAGGUGGAAGACGAUGAUAGGGAAAUAGUAAAAAAUAAUGGAUUUCAUAAUGCAUAUGGUGUUCCUGCUAUGAAACAAUCAAAGAAAGCUGUAGCACAGAGCGAUCUAAAUCAAAAAAUUCGUGUUUGUGUUAGAAAAAGACCGCUUUCAAAAAAGGAAAUAGAAAAAUGUGAAAAGGAUAUCACGCCUGCUGCUAGUGUCAGAACUGUGCAUGUGAAUGAACCAAAAGUCAAGGUGGAUUUAACAAAGUACAUUGAACAACACACUUUUAACUUUGAUGAUGUAUUCGACAUAGAAAACACAAAUGACUAUAUUUACGAAAGAACGGCUCAACCAUUGGUAAAAUACAUUUUUAAUGGGGGCAAAGCUACUUGUUUUGCAUAUGGUCAAACGGGAUCCGGUAAAACAUACACCAUGAUGGAUCCCAAGCAUGGUCUGUAUAUAUUAGCUGCAAAAGAUAUUUUUAACAUGUUGCAAUUGCCCGAAUACCAGCAUUUGUGUGCAUGGAUUGGAUUUUACGAAAUUUAUCAAGGCCAACUUUAUGAUUUAUUGGCAAGUCGAAAGAAGCUUUUUGCUCGAGAGGAUGGAAAACAAAAUGUUGUCAUUGUUGGAUUAAAAGAAUAUUUGAUUAAAAAUGUUUCUGAUUUGAUGCAAGUAUUCGAAUACGGUAAUCAAGUUAGAAGUACAGGAAGUACUGGUGCAAAUUCGGAUUCUUCUCGUUCCCAUGCAAUCUUACAAGUCUUACUUAAGCCGACUUCCAAUAAAAAAAAGUCGAGCUUGAUCCCACCUAUUGGAAAACUAAGCUUUAUUGAUCUAGCCGGAAGCGAAAGAGGUGCUGAUAGAGGAGAGACUGAUCUGAAAACAAGAAUGGAGGGUGCUGAAAUAAACAAGAGUUUGCUAGCCUUAAAAGAAUGCAUCAGAGCCUUAGAUCAAGAUAAACGGCAUACGCCAUUUCGACAAAGUAAACUCACACAAGUCUUGAAGGAUUCAUUUGUCGGAAAUUCUCGUACCUGUAUGAUUGCGACUGUGUCACCAAAUCAAUCUAACAGUGAACACACGCUAAACACAUUAAGAUAUGCAGAUCGCGUUAAAGAACUUAAAAAUGGAACUGUGACCAAUAUUGAUCAACAACAGCAACAACAACAACAGCAAUUACAACCGCCCAUCAACAUCAGUCCCAGUAUAAAUAGCGAUAGUCAAUCUUCUUCGUCUUCUUGCCUAUCUUCUUCAGAAGAUGAUGAACUAGACCAAGACUUAUUUUUGGAUGAUGAAGACUUUCCUUCUAAUAUAAUUGAGGACCACUUUUUACUGGACACAGAUUUUCCCAUUAUUGAGCAACAGUCCUCUCCACCCAUCACACCGCCACCCAUAUCACAACAGCAUACGUUUCAUACCGAUAUUAUUGAAGAUUUUCUUGCCCAACACAGAAAUGAAAUUCGUACUACCAAUGAAUGUUCUAAAAAGGAAACGCGGUAUUUAACCAACGUAUCACUAGGCUUAACAACAGAUAAUAAGCUCCAAAUGUCGAAUGAAUUUAUUGAUUACUUGGGUAAUCUGGACGAUAUUCUUGAAAGAAAAAUGAUUGCUAUAGAUGCUCUUAAAGAAAAAAUUCGAUUAGUAUUAGGUGAUGCAGAACAAUUUGUGUCAAUGGGCUGAGCAGUGAAUAUCAGUGUGUGUGUGUCCUUUUGCAUCAAUUUUUUUUUUUUUUUUUUUUGUUACUUAAUAAAUAUUUUGUGCUCCUUUUUUCCCUUUUCUUCUUUUACUUUUUUUUUUUACGAAAAACAAAAAAAUGAUGUCAAGUACUUCUCCUUCUGGUGUUGGUAUAGCACACUUGCCUAACCAAAAGCAUAAAAUUAUUUCCAAGAAAGGUGCUCAUUACACCUUAAUGGUGUGUG